CUAUCACCGAUCACGGAAAGAGCCGAAGAUGUCGGCUCAGUCAUGUGAUCAGCUGUGUCCAAUCACAACUGAUCACUGAUGAUCAGUGUAGCCCCAGCAGUACCACCUGUCAGUGUCCAUCAGUGCCUUGUGUCAGUGCCUACCAGUGCACAUCAAUGCCACAUAUCAGUGCCAUGUGACCUGCCUUUCAGUGUCACCCAUCAAUGCCUAUCAGUGUCCAUCACUGCAGCCUCAUUAGCGCACAUCAGUGAAGGAGAAAAAUCACUUAUUUACAAAAUUUUAUAACAAAAACUAAGAAACUUUUUUUUUUUCAAAAUUUUCAGUGGUUUUUGGUUU